GAGUGAAAGUAAGUUUAACCUUUUGGAUUAGGCGGUAGGGCUAUUAGUCCUUUCGUUUCCCAUGAAAAAACUAAUAUAAUAAUCCAAUCCAUAGCCACAAGAAUUUGGUUCAAUUCUCUGAUCAUUCCAAAUUCUCUUCAUUUUUGCUCGUGAUUUUAGUUUCUUCCCUUUCGAAAUUUUGGCAGGGGAAAGAUGCAAGGAGGCCGAGGCAGAGGUAGGAGGAAUUCUUUCUUCGACUUUCCUGACCCGUUUGCUGGUUUGGGGGGUCCAGGAAGUCUGGCGUCUAGUCUUUUUGGAGGAAGGGAUCCGUUUGAUGAUCCUUUCUUUACCCGCCCGUUUGGAGGAGGCAUGUUUGAUUCGAGCUUCUUCCGUCCGAUGGGAAAUCCUUUUGUGGAAAUGCACCCAUCUGGGUUGAUCGAACAACGAGAAGCUCUGGAGCCUAGACUGUCCAGGGGCCCGAUCAUUGAGGAAAUUAAUUCUGAUGAUGAGAAGGAAGACGCUGAUAAAGAGAGGAAAGAAAAUCCUAGAAAGCAUGGUAGGUCAGGAAGUGGACCAUAUGUUGAGGAUCCUGAUGACGAAGCUGAAGAGAAGAAGAGCAGGCAUUUGCAAUAUGGAAAUGAUCUAGGUUGGUCCAAUCGCGCACAGUGGCAACCCCCAACUCACAGCUUUACCUUUCAAAGCUCUUCUGUCACUUAUGGGGGAGCAAACGGAGCUUAUUAUACCUCUUCUCAGUCAAAAAGGACGGGAAGCAAUGGAGUGACUAUUGAAGAAAGCAAAGAGGCUGAUACUGCUACUGGACAAGCUUCCCACCUACUAUCGAGGGCCCUCCACAAUAAGGGCCAUUCUCUUUCAAGAAAGCUCAAUUCAGAUGGUAAGGUGGACACGAUGCAGACCCUACACAAUAUUAAUGAAGACGAGCUUGAUGGUUUUGAAGAAGCUUGGAAGGGAACUGCUCAAAAACACUUUCCUGGCUGGUCUGGUAAUAUUAGUGGUCAUGAGAGUGCAGGAACUAGCAGCAGCGGACACAAUGGCAGGGGGGGUUGGGCCCUUCCGUCCACAGAAUCGUCUCAGCAUUCCGGUAGAGGGAUGCCAAAUACUAUAGAUGGAGGUGGGUCUUCUCGUCAGCAUUCUGGUAGAAUGAAAGCAGCAGAUGGUACUAAUAGGAGCCACUACCCUCGUGGGAGGGCAAGAGAUUGAGGAUUUAUAGCUGAACGCAAAUGAGCUAUCAAUGGUUCAUCUUUCCUUUGUUUUUCACCGUCAUAUUCUCAGGUUUAGUUUUGGAUAUUGUAUGCAUCAACAUGGUAUACUUGAGGAUGGCUCCAUACCAAAUAUUUUGGAUUGGUUCUCUCCAUUUCCAUGUGAUAAAUAUACUGAUCUUCUGUUAAAAAUGGUGGAAGCGCAUAGCUUGUUUUUGUUGUACUACAGCUUGUUCAAUAUGGUACGAAUUUUCUCGAUGAUAUAUAAUGCUGACUUGUUAUUCA